ACUAUUCCCGCCACUUCGGGCAUCACUCACCUUGGAAUUGCGCCGCCUUUGUGAAAUUCACCAAUAAUUAAUUUUUGGCAAAAAAUCAGUUUUGUUUAAAGCUUAUAAUGGCACCGAUUGCAAGUCUUAGCACAGGCGUCAUUGCGCGCAUUAUGAAUGGCGAGGAUGUGUCGCAGCCGGUGCUGCAAAUUUUGGGCAUCAAGCGAAUUAAUACCAAUUCGGAUCAGGAACGUUAUCGGCUGCUUAUGUCUGAUGGCAAAUAUUACAAUAGCUAUGCCAUGUUAGCAAGCCAAUUGAAUGAAAUGCAGAACAGGGGACUGCUCAAUGAGAACACCAUUGUGCGUCUGGAUAAAUACAUGACCUCCAUGGUGGGCAAAGAAGGCUCCGGGAAACGUGUGCUCAUUGUUACCGAGCUGACUGUGCUUAACUCGGGCGAUGAAGUAAAAUCCAAAAUAGGUGACCCUGUUACCUACGAGAAUGCGGCCAAACAGGACACCGCUCCAAAGCCAGCUGCCGUUGCGGCAAGUGUGCCAGUGAAAAAGGAACAGUCAUACAACAACAACAACAAUAAUAAUAACCACACAAUGAAUAGCACGUUGAACGGAACACUGAACUCCAGCCUCACACAUCCCAUUUCCAGUCUGAGUCCGUAUCAGAACAAAUGGGUUAUCAAGGCACGCGUUACUUCGAAGACGGCCAUACGGACCUGGAGUAAUGCGCGCGGCGAGGGCAAACUUUUUAGCAUGGAUUUAAUGGACGAAUCCGGCGAAAUUCGUGCCACUGCCUUUAAAGAGCAGUGUGAUAAGUUCUAUGAUCUUAUCGAGGUGGACAAUGUCUAUUUCUUUUCCAAGUGCCAGCUUAAGCCGGCCAACAAGCAGUAUUCACAGCUGAAAAAUGACUACGAGAUGACUUUCACCAACGAGACAAUGGUGCAGCCAUGCGAUGAUGAGGACAAUGGCGGCAUACCCGAAAUUAAGUUCGAUCUGGUGCCCAUUUCGCAAGUGGCAAACAUGGAAAACAAGGAGGCCGUUGAUACAAUUGGCAUUUGCAAGGACGUGGGCGAACUGCAGACCUUUACUUCGCGUACGACCAAUAAGGAGUUUAAAAAACGCGAACUUACUUUGGUGGACAUGAGCAAUGCUGCUGUCACUCUUACGCUAUGGGGCGAUGAAGCCGUCAAUUUCGAUGGACAUGUGCAGCCAGUCAUCCUGGUCAAGGGUUCGCGCAUCAAUGAAUUCAAUGGCGGCAAAAGUCUCAGCAUGGGCGGUGGCUCCAUUCUUAAAAUUAAUCCGGAUAUACCGGAGGCGCAUAAGCUGCGCGGCUGGUUUGACAACGGUGGCGGUGAUAAUAUAAGCAAUAUGGUCUCCGCUCGCACUGGCGGUGGAAGCUUCAGUACUGACUGGGUAACGCUCAAGGAUGCUCGCCUGCGCAAUCUUGGGUCAGGUGACAAACCGGACUACUUCCAAUGCAAGGCAGUUGUGCACAUUGUUAAACAGGAGAAUGCCUUCUACAAGGCGUGCCCGCAAGCGGAUUGCAACAAAAAGGUUGUCGAUGAGGGCAAUGGCCAGUACCGCUGCGAGCGCUGCAAUGCAGCAUUUCCCAACUUCAAGUAUCGCUUGCUGAUUAAUAUGAGCAUUGGCGAUUGGACAUCGAACCGCUGGGUGACCUGUUUCAGCGAGACGGGCGAACAGCUGCUCAAGCACAACGCUCAGGAAGUUGGUGAGGCUUUGGAGAACGAUCCAGCUGCCGCUGAGAAAAUGUUUGCCGACAUUAAUUUCUCAUCAUACAUUUUCAAAUUGCGCUGCAAAAAUGAAAUGUACGGCGACAUGACGCGCAACAAGCUAACUGUUCAAUCGAUGAGCCCCAUCAAUUACAAGGAAUACAACAAGCAUCUAAUCAAAGAGCUCAAGGAAAUGACAGGCAUUGGACCUGCCCAUUAGAUCCUUCCCACGUGCUGCGCACAUACCCAAACAUUAGCGAUAAGUUGAUUAAUUAAGCUUAAUUAUUAUACAUACCGAAUAUGAUUGGAA